UUUGGUAUGUUCUUCAGGUUAUUUGCUGUGCCAGAACCCACAUUCAAAAGUUUCACAGGGUUUUUGCUACUUUCGUGUGGAACUCCACCUGGGAACCUAUGCGACGAGACAAUCUUUUUCGCCCUGUUGAUGUCGGUGGUCUCGGUCUAUUACACAUCUUUUUAAAACAAAUAAUAACUCGUUUUCUAUUCUUCAGAACAACAUCACAUCACUUCCUUCGUACUUACCUACAGGCAGAACUCUCAGAUGCUUUACCUUAUUUGGUGGUUUCAUCGGUAUCGGCGGGAACAUCACGUCCCUUGGGAUUCCUCAGAGAAGUAGUAAGCGCAAUAGAGUUUCUAAGAGCCCGUUUUUCUUUGGAAUAUUUAUUUACAAUAUCACGCAAAGCAUUAUAUGCCGAUCUUCUUGACAUAACUUUUCCUGUACCUUUGUAUCGAAGUAUAUUCAACCAUGGACCAGGACAAGAUGUUCUAACGCGUGUCCGAAAAUUGUGCGUCUCACCUACCGCGAAGUCAUUUUUCUUUAAACUUCACACUUCAACGUUGCCCGUGAAACCCUGGCUUCGCGAACGAGGAAUUUUUGUACCCUGGUCAGUGAAUUGCCGUCUUUGUAACCAACCAGAAACUAUAGAACAUUGUUUUAUCUUCUGCACUGAUGCCUACCUCUUCUGGGACGUCCUACAGAGAACACUGAAAAAAGAUUUGGACGUCAACGCCUACACAAUCCGGUUUUUACCUUUAAAACCCAACGAUAGUUUUCCUUAUGAUUUGUUCACGCUCAUGGGUUUGCAUAGUCUCUGGAAGACGAGAAUGAUCGACAGAAACGCCGAUCCACCCCGGACUACAAAAUCAAACUUCAUAGAAACUGUAUCUCACGUGAGAAAUGUGUUAGAUCAUCUUAAGGAACGCCCAGACUGGUAUGCUCUCAUUCAUCGAUGUCUCCAUCUUCCUGAUUUUUAG